AACUACAACUCCCACAAUGCACGCUUCUACUUAUCCUUUACGUCGACUUUGAGCGACGAAAUAACCGUUCUCAAACCAAACAAACAACAAAAAAACUCCUUAAAACUAAAGUUGGACAAAGCUGUUAGCGUCGUGUGUGUUAAACCGGACUGCUGAGCUCAGUUUGACGCUAACCGGUGCUGAGCUUUACAGCUUCCCUGCUCGUAGCUUCAAACUCGGUGUCGCUCUUUCAAACUUCGCGCUGUUUGCUCCGCCUGUAAAGAGAUUAGCCGGUUAGCCCGGUAGUUAGCCACGUUACUGUGACAUUAAGUCAGGUCGUCCUCCUGUUUGCUGGAUUUAUUCAGACUUCUCAGAGACCUCUUCACAAUGGAGGUGACGGACAUUGGAAAUAAAGAAGAGGGGAAAGUCUGGCAUCGAAAACCAACACCGGGCAAAGGCGUGUUAGUGACGGUGAUCCGCACAGCUCAGCAGGCCAAGACGGUGCGUUUCCUCCAUGUGGCCUUUGAUACCACAGGAGAUUCCUUCCUGGCAGGAGAUCACCAUGGCAACAUCUAUGUCUUUGACAUCAGUAGAAACAGGUUUCGUCUGGUGCAGAAAACAGGACAGGCCUGCACUGCUCUGGCAUUCAGCCUACGCAGGACCACGGAGUUCCUUGUGGCUCUGGCUGACUACACCAUCAAGUGCUUUGACAAAGACACAAAGCAGAUGGUGAGUUGGAUGCGGGGUCAUGAGGGAGCAAUUUCGUCCAUCUCUGUCCACAGCUCAGGUCGCUACGCAAUCAGCACUUCCUUGGACACGGCUCAGCUCUGGGACCUGGACACGUUCCAGAGAAAGAGAAAGCUCAACAUUAGGCAGUCUGUUGGCAUUCAGAGGGUGUUUUUCUUGCCUCUCAGUAACACCAUCCUCAGCUGUUUCAGUGAUGACUCCAUCUUUGCUUGGGAGAGUGACACCCUGUUCUGCAAAUACCAGCUCCCGGUCCCAGACUGUGGACCCAAAAUCUCCUACAAGGCCUUCGCAGUCACACGUGAUGGUAAGAGCCUUGCUGCUGGUGGCCGCUCCAACCUGCUGCACCUGUGGUGUCUGGACAGCAAACAGCUGGUCAGGGUGAUUCAGAUGCCCACGCAGGUCAGAACCGUCAGACAGCUGGAAUUUCUGCCCGACAGCUUUGAUGGAGGAGCCAGCCAGACACUGGGCGUACUGAGCCAGGACGGCGUGAUGCGCUUCAUAAACAUUCACACCUGCAAGCUGCUUUUCCACAUGGGUUCCCACGACGACGCCAUCAUCACAGUGGCAGUCAGCCCUAAUGGCCGGCACGUCGUGGCUGUCAUGGAUAAUGGCAGCAUCAAUGUCUACAGCGUUCAGAGUCUCACACAAGAAUUAAACAAGCCUCCUCCUUCCAAGGUGGCAGUAGUCUCUGGCGGUGAACCUGAUCAGGGAUUGUCUAACCUAAAGGUCAAAGUCCGAUCAGACGUCAUUCACAGACCGGCCAAGAGCUCGGGUAGGCAGACACAGGUGAAGACACUUCGACCUCCUGCUGGGUCUACAGCUGAGGAUAAAGAGAAUGAACUCCCUGCUGGUCUGAAUAAGAAGAGACUGGUGGCUCUGCUCAAGGCGUUUGGAGAAUAUCCUGAUAAAUACAGGAUGUUUGUAUGGCGGUCUUUAUUGUGUCUCCCAGAGAACCACGCGGCGUACAGCAGUCUGACCGAUAAAGGCCUGCAUUCAGCCUACCUCACCCUUCAUGAUAAAUACCCCAUCAAAAGUCACAAGCUACAGAGGGGACUGCAGAGGGUUCUGUCUGCCUUAGCUCACUGGGCAGCCAUCUUUGGAGAGGUAGAGUACCUUCCCCUGGUAGCUUUUCCCUUCGUCAAGCUCUUCCAGAACAACCCAAUGCUCUGCUUCGAGGUGGUGGCCACUGUCAUAGUGAAUUGGUGUCAACAUUGGUUCGAGUACUUCCCCAACCCUCCUCUGAACAUCCUGAGCAUGGCGGAAAAUGUUCUGGCUCAUCACGACAAGGAACUGCUGCAGCAUCUGGUGGACUGUGGCAUCACCUCACAGCUCUAUGUGUGGCCCCUGCUGGAAACGUUGUUCUCAGAGGUUUUAACUCGAGAUGAGUGGCUCCGACUUUUUGACUCAGUCUUUUCCAACCAUCCAUCGUUCCUGCUCAUGGCCUGUGUGGCCUACAUCACCUGCUGCCGUGAGCCUCUGCUGCUCUGCUCCCAGAAACAGGACUUUGAGUAUUUUUUCCACCACCGCAACAACCUGGAUGUGGGAGCCAUGAUAAAAGAGGCCUACCGGCUCAUGGGCAAUACACCAGCUGACAUCCAUCCCAGGAAUAUGCUUUCUGACUUCACACCACUGACCAGAGGCCAGUACCCUGUGUUCAACCAAUACCCAGAAUUCAUAGUGGAAUACCAGAGUCGGGAGAGGGAGAAGAUACGACUGCAGGAGAUGGAGUAUCUCCGUGAGAGGCAGGAGGUGUCGGCUCUGCGUGCAGAUUUUGUGCGUCGCCAAGCCGAAGAGGAGGCCUAUCACGUGCAGCAGGAGCUGCUGCAGAACGCCGAGGAACAGCGCAGAAACAUCCUGGCGCAAGAAGAGGAAAAACUAACACAGCAGAGGGCAAAGCUGGCAGCCAUGAAGAGAGAGCUGAAGGUGAAGGAGUUACAGCUGCUGGACGCAACGAGAAGUCGUUUCCUCAAACAUCAGCAGGACCUGAGAGCUAAACAGAUCCAAGGACUAGACCAGGAGAUCAGCAGAAAGAUGGACCUGAGGGAGCGAGAAACAGCUGCAGCAGUCCAAGAUCUAGAAGUCAGACAGAUGGAGCUGGAGGCUCAGAGGAGACGACUUGAACAGCACCUGUUGAAGGAGCAGGAGCGCAUGGGACGGGAGGUUGCGGAGGAGGUGGAGACGAGGAUGAGGAGGGCAGAAAGAGAGGAGGAGAGCUUCACAGAUCUACUACACAGCACCAAGACAAACAUGCAGGCCCUGGAGGAGUCCCUAGCGGAGGCAUGCCAGCUGGGCUUAGAGUCAGACUGGCAGAGAGAGGUGGCGGAGCGCCUGCAGCAGGUGGAAGCCGAGCAGGAGAGGAAGAGGGAGAGACUGGCAGAGCUUCACAGGCAAGCCCUGGCAGAGGAGGAGAGACUGGCAGACACCAUGAGAGAUGUGGCAGGAAGGAAGUGGGGUGAAGUGAUGAGUACCAGAGCCCAGUUACAAGAGCAGCAGCUGUCUUCAGCAGACAAAGACACGCAGAGGCAGAUGAGGAUACGGUCACCAUGUUCAACCAGAGGACUUCCACUGCCCACUGCUGUUUCUGUUGGAACCAACGCUGUCGGUCCAGCAGUCAGACCCAACUCAACAACCUCCCCAAAGCAGGCACGAACCAGCAUGGUGUGUCUGAACAGCAAUUCACCUUCAGAGAGCACCUCCACCAACUUUUCCUUGGAUCGAGGCCGGGCCCAGCUGGACAGCAGUGAGAGAGAACUGCUGAAGGAAAUCAGAGAGCUGAGACAGAAGCUGGCUACCCGAGCCAGAGAGGGCAGCUCUGCCUCCUCACAGUCUGUCCACACACUGUCCUCUGUCUCCUAAAGACCACAUCUCCAUCUUCAGUGUCAGUAAAACAUCUUCAUGCCUCAGGCGAGCUGGAACAACAGAAACAAUGAGUCAGACUGAGUAGCAUACUGGCUAGCUGCUAUCUUUGUCCACUUUCCAAGUGCUCACAUACCAUCCUCAAGUAUAUUAACUGUACACCAUCAACCACUGUCUCAUGAAAACCCAU